CGUGUAGUACACAAACACAUACGCCGUACAGUGGAAGCUUUCGGUGAACUCGUUAAAUGCUACUGUGGUGUACGAUAUUUAGAUAAUUAACGAUAGCGUAGCUGAAAUAUAAAACCAAGCGCGCGGCUGAAAUGAUCUCAUAGCAAGUCGCGGCGUCGUGACUGCGUGUUGGCUGCACACGUAUUUAGCGAUUUAUUAUAUGAAUACCUAUUAAAAGCUUAUCGUUUCGGAAGUGAGACCACGUAUCUGGAACGAGACGGACGUUAAACCAGUGUUUCUUUAGAGUAGUAUUGUUUUACGAGGCCAGUUAAUGUGCGAGUGCACGGAAGUCUAGUGAACUCAGUCGCUAUGCACCGACCUGGGCAUAUCACGAUGAUCUUGCAAGCUUUCUUGUCUUUAUUGUUAUUUAGUACUCUGGUCAAAGCAUCAGUUGAAGUGAAAGUGUUGACUGUUGCUACUGAUGAUAACCAUGGCUUGGAGAGGUUCCUAAGAUCUGCAAGAGUGUAUGGAAUAGAGGUAGAAGUUCUAGGCAAAGGAUUAAAAUGGAAUGGAGGAGAUAUGACCCUGCCCGGAGGAGGGCAAAAGAUAAACCUGUUAAAAGACAGGUUGAAUGACAUUCUGAAGCAUGAAAACAAGGAACAGAUAAUAUUAUUCACUGAUAGUUAUGAUGUCCUAUUCCUGGCGACUCUUGAUGAAAUUGUUAAGAAGUUCAAAAAGUUCCCUGACACACGGGUGCUGUUUGCUGCUGAACAAUUUUGUUGGCCUGACACCAAGCUAGCAUCUCAAUAUCCCAAAACAGAGGUUGCUAACCCCUACUUGAACUCUGGUGGAUUUAUAGGUUUUCUGCCUGAGAUAAAUGAAAUAGUUAAUUAUAAACCUGUCAGUGACAGAGAUGAUGAUCAACUUUAUUACACCAAAAUUUAUUUGGAGAAGUCCUUGAGGGAAAGUCUGAAAAUCACUUUGGACCACAAUUCAGCGAUAUUCCAGAAUUUGAACGGAGCUUUAUCUGAUGUCCAGCUUAAAGCCAAUUCCACCAAAGAAAUCUGGCCGUACAUUGAGAAUGUGGCUACCAAAGAAAGACCACUUAUUGUUCAUGGCAACGGGCCAUCAAAGUUGACAUUGAACCAUUUUGGUAACUAUUUAGCUAAAGCUUGGUCAAUCUCUGAGGGUUGUGCGCUAUGUAAGGAAAAGCGGGCUGAAUAUAAGAAUGAAGACCUCCCUACUGUUAUGAUGGCAGUAUUCAUAGAGCAAGCCACACCAUUUUUAGAAGAGUUUCUGGAACAAAUUCUGACAACUGACUAUCCUAAAGAGAAGAUCCAUCUGCUAUUGAGGAACAAUGUGGAGUAUCAUGAAACUGAGGUUGAUGACUUCUUCCAAGCUCAUGCCAAAGAAUACGCUACUGCAAAGAGGAUCAAACCCAGUGACUUUAUCAGUGAAGCGGAGGCUAGGAAUAUCGCUAAGGAUCGUUGCGUAAGCAGUGCCUGCGACUACCUCUUCUCGAUAGACAGCGUGUCGCGUCUCGAGGCCAGUACGCUGCGCUACUUGGUAUCCUCAGGGUUUGACGUCAUAGCUCCACUGCUAGUGAGGCCUGGACACGCCUGGUCCAACUUCUGGGGAGCCAUCAACUCCGCCGGCUUCUAUGCCAGAUCAGCUGACUACAUGGAUAUUGUCUACCAAAUUGUCAAGGGUGUGUGGAACGUGCCGUUCAUCACGAACUGUUAUUUGGCCAAGAUGUCGGUGUUCCGGACUCCGGCUGCUAAGGCGGUCACCUACACCAAGGACGGCGUGGACCCCGACAUGGCUUUCUGUGCCAGUCUUAGGGAACUGGGUGUAUACAUGUACGUCAGUAAUGAGAUGGAGUUCGGGCACUUGGUUAACCCUGAGUCGUAUGACAUCAGUCGCACGAACCCCGACAUGUACCAGCUGUUCGACAACAGGAUGGAGUGGACCACUCGGUACCUGCACGAGGAAUACCAUCUCAGUUUCGACGAGGACCGAAAGCAGUUGAUGCCAUGCCCCGAUGUUUACUGGUUCCCGCUGAUGUCUGCCAGAUUCUGUUCGGAAUGGAUUCAGAUUAUGGAGGCCUACGGACAAUGGAGCGACGGCAGCAAUAAUGACAAACGCCUUGAGAGCGGUUACGAGGCGGUCCCGACGCGGGACAUCCACAUGAACCAAGUCGGGCUGGAGCGCCACUGGCUGACUAUACUGAAGGACUACGUGCGCCCUCUGCAGGAGAUGGUCUUCACUGGAUACUAUCAUAACCCGCCAGUAUCCAUCAUGAACUUCGUGGUCCGGUACCGGCCGGACGAGCAGCCGUCGCUGCGCCCGCACCACGACUCCUCCACUUACACCAUCAAUCUGGCUCUUAAUACACCAAAUGUGGAUUUCGAAGGCGGUGGCUGUCGCUUCAUUCGCUACAACUGCUCGGUGCGUGACACCAAGCCUGGCUGGCUUUUGAUGCACCCUGGUCGACUGACUCACUACCAUGAGGGCCUACUGGUUACGAAGGGCACACGAUACAUCAUGAUUUCCUUCGUCGACCCGUGAACAGUUAAUAAGGCGCAACGUUUUUAUAUCAAUCUAUAUUAUUAAUUAAAAGUAAGUAAUACGUUUUGUAUUUAAUAUUAUUAAUGAGCUGGAGGAUUUCGCAAUCUGAGAAAUGUAUAAGCCUUAUACUUCGCAUGACUAGUGGGACAAUUUUGUGCUUACCCGUGCAAAGGCGGUCAUUAAUACUACAGCUCGACCAUCAAUAUCAUCUGAUAGGUCUAUGUCAGUAAUGAGUUUUAAGUCAUCUUCCGAAAUGAUACCGCGAGUUCCAGCUCCAGCUAACUCAACAGUAAUAUCAUUUCUUGGUCUCUCUCCUGCAUUUUAUUUUUGUCAACUUUCAUGGUUUCAGAUAUUUUUUGUUUCAUGAAUAACUUUUAAUUAAUAAAUAGAAGCGAGUAUUCGGAUAUAUCCACUCAUAGGAAUUGCCGAUACCCGAUUAUUAUAUAAGCAAUAGGAUUUUGUAUUGUAUUUAUUUAGUAAUCUAAGCCGUAUGUAUUCUAAGAUAAUACAAGUAGUAUAUGAUAUAUUAGUUGUAGACUAGUUUGUAAACAGUGCAUAAUUUACUAAUGCAUGCCGAAGAUCAUUCUAGAAAACAUAAAAAGUCCGAAUACUGUAUUUCAUACAUCUAUUACGAAUCAUAUCAACACCUUUUGUCGCAUUUUCGUGCUAUUGUUUACUCAAAUAUUUUUUACUUCCCAUAUUUUAUGCGUAUUUUUUUUAUAAAUUUAACAUUUUACUAACCCAAGCAAAAUUUUUUGACGUUGCAUAUGUCUAAGAAUUUACUAAUUUCUGUAUUUUUUUAUUUUAAGAAUUAUAUUAUAUAAGUCCAUAACUUUUAGUGACAUUAUAAUUAAUACUUAUGUUUUAAUCCAGUCUUGUGUCGUUUAAGUAUGUUUGUUAACUAACACUAAUCUGGUUCCUUUAAUAUUAAUUAAACUAAUAAUCAAAACCAAAGACUCAUCGUGUUAAUGCAAUUAAAAAUGUAAAACUGAAUAAUACUAAAUGCAAAUAAAGAUAUAAUAUACA